AUCUGUUUAAGCAUAAGAUUUGGGUUUUGAAGUGUUUCAGCAACUUGAUAGUGUCCAAGUCAUGACGCUCCCAUUUCGAAAGGACUUGGACAGGUACAAAGAUCUCGAUGAGGAUGAAAUUCUUGGCAAACUUUCAGAAGAAGAACUGAAACAACUGGAAAAUGUUUUGGAUGAUCUUGAUCCUGAGAAUGCACUUCUGCCUGCAGGCUUCCGACAGAAAGACCAGACUGCCAAAAAGGCUUCAGGUCCCUUCGACAGGGAACGACUCCUCGCAUAUUUAGAGAAGCAGGCUCUUGAGCACAAAGACAGGGAAGACUAUGUGCCUUUUACAAGAGAAAAGAAAGGGAAAGUAUUUAUCCCCAAGCAAAAGCCUGUACAGUCUUACACAGAAGAAAAAUUCUCUCUUGAUCCAGAACUGGAGGAAGCCUUGACCAGUGCCACAGACACAGAAUUAGGUGACCUCGCAGCUAUACUGGGAAUGUCCAACUUGAUAACAAACAAUCAGUUCUGUGAUGUCGUAGGAAGCAGUAAUGGGGUUGACAAAGACAGCUUCUCAAAUAUAGUAAAAGGUGAAAAAAUGUUGCCUGUUUUUGAUGAACCACCAAAUCCCACAAAUGUGGAGGAGACACUGCAAAGGAUUAAAAAUAAUGAUUCUCGUCUUGUUGAAGUUAAUCUAAAUAACAUCAAGAACAUACCGAUUCCAACGCUGAAGGAGUUUGCAAAAGCCUUAGAAAGCAACACACACGUCAGGAGCUUCAGCCUCGCAGCCACCCGAAGCAAUGAUCCUGUCGCUGUCGCUCUUGCAGAUAUGCUGAGAGUAAACACAAAAUUAAAAAGUUUAAACAUAGAAUCAAACUUCAUCACUGGAGCUGGAAUUUUGGCACUGGUUGAUGCACUGAAAGACAACGAAACAUUAACAGAGAUCAAAAUUGAUAACCAGAGGCAGCAGCUGGGCACUGCUGCAGAAGUAGAAAUUGCCAAGAUGCUUGAAGAAAACACCAAGAUCCUCAAGUUUGGAUACCAUUUCACACAACAGGGACCUCGAGCAAGGGCAGCUGCAGCUAUCACAAAAAAUAAUGAUUUGGUUCGAAAGAGGAGGGUUGAAGGAGACAACUAGCAGAUCUUGUUACCAAAACUGUGGAGCUUUCAAAGGUCGUCAAGGCACGAUUUGGCAAUCUUGGGCUACAUUUACCUGGGCUAGAAGGGAAAAGACUGGAA